AUGUUGACUGGAAAGACCAUUGGAGUCAUUGGUAUGGGUAGUAUCGGUCUUGCAGUGGCUCGGAUGUUCCGUGGUGCGUUUAAUGUCAAGAUCUACACCUAUGACCCUUUUGCACCAAAGGAUGCGUGGGAAGAUGUUCCUCACACGCGGGUUCAGGAGGUGGCGGAGCUUCUUCCGCAUGUCGAUGUAUUGACGCUUCAUCUGCCUUUGAACAACGGUACCAGAGAUCUCAUUGCUUGGCCGCGGCUCAAGACCAUGAAACCAGACUCUAUCUUGAUCAAUGCUGCUCGUGGUGGAAUCGUGAACGAGGAUGACCUGCUGCGGGCGCUUCAGGAAGGAGUCAUUGCGGGUGCCGGACUCGAUUGCCACAUGACUGAACCACCGGUGCUGAAGGACUACGAGAGAUUCUGGGCUACUGGACGGGUUAUCAGUACUCCUCACAUUGGCGCUACCACGAGGGAAACACAGGUCCACACUGCCACUACGGCGCUGGACAGAAUUUAUAAAUUUCUGACUGAUUAG